AAUAUCUUUCACUGAAUGGCUAUUUCCCAUUAUUUCCCAUUCUUAUUUUCCACAGUUUCCCUCACAAAAACCAGCAAGAAAGGCCUGGAAGUGAAGCAGAACUUGAUUGGAGAGUUGCGGAAAUGUGUGGAGACCUACAAGCGCCUCUUCCUCUUCUCUGUGGCCAACAUGAGGAACAACAAGCUCAAGGACGUCCGCAACGCCUGGAAGCACAGCAGGAUCUUCUUUGGGAAAAACAAAGUGAUGAUGGUGGCGUUGGGACGGAGCCCAGCGGACGAAUACAGAGAUAACCUGCACCAGGUCAGCAAACACCUUCGGGGAGAAGUGGGCCUCCUCUUCACCAACCGCACCAAAGAGGAAGUCAUCGACUGGUUCUCGAAAUUCCAGGAGUCGGACUUUGCCCGUUCGGGGAACCGGGCCACCUUCGCGGUCAGCCUGGACCAGGGCCCCUUGGAGACCUUCCCGCACUCCAUGGAGCCCCAGCUGCGCCAACUGGGCCUCCCUACCGCCCUCAAGAAAGGAGUUGUGACCCUCCUCACCGACCACGACAUCUGCAAAGAAGGGGACGUCUUGACCCCGGAACAGGCACGGAUCCUGAAACUCUUUGGCUACAAAAUGGCGGACUUCCGAGUGACGAUCCGGAGCGUCUGGAGCGCCGAGACGGGAGAGUUCGAAGUCUUAGUUGAAGGCGAUGAAGAUGCUGCGGAAGAGAUGGAGGAGGAAGAGGAGGAGGUGGAGGAGGAAGAAGGCGAGUGACCCCAAAAAAGAGGGGGACAGGCAUCCCAUGGACUCUUCGCUUCCCCAAAAGGACCAUCGACAACAAGGGGAAACCUUCCUUUCUGUGUGAAUCCGGGACUGAGCUGGGCGUAUUUAUCAGAGGAGAUGGAUUAUUGUAUAGCUAUACAUGCCACUGUAUAUGUAAAAAGUUUAUAAAACUCUGGACUUGC